ACGAGGCCGCUUGUCAAUCCCGUUUGACAUUGUCAGAUCUGACUAUACGUGUAUAGUGUUGGCAUGAAGACUGUGGAAGAUAUUUGUGGUUUUCUUUCGUCCAGGUGCAUUCCAGACAUUGUAUUGGAAAAUAUUCGUCAACAGAAGAUUGAUGGAGAUGUUGUCCGCGUUUUAGAUGAAAGUCAACUCAUAGAAGUGGGCAUCACGGCACUUGGUGACAGAUCAAUGCUCAGAAAUUUCUGCCAGUCUGAUUCAAACACCACUCAGCCCAUUAACCAGCCGACUGCAGUCGCAAGCACCCCUUCCACGACUACAUGUAGGCCUAGCAGCGACAGGAGGGCAUAUUUGUUGAAAUGCCUACGGGAGAAUUACGGUUCACAGCGUCAGCGCUUUCAAAAUCGUGAGAAACGUUCCCAUGCCAGUAAAGGUCGUCCUGUGAGUAUGAAGCGCGCGGUCGAGAUGAGAUUGCGGAUCCUUUGCAAACAAGAUGAUGGAACCGUAACACACCCAGGACGGCGGGAUUCAAAGCCAGUAAAAAAGCCAUUGGGAGAUAAAAACAUGAUCAACUUGAAGAUCGACCCAAGUAUUGGAUAUGAACAAUUCCUUGAAAUUGUUAAAGAAGCCUUUUUCCCCGGUGGAAUGAACCCUGUAGUCGGAGACAUUGAUCUUUUUCAAGGGUUUGAACUUGUUGAUGGUCUCAACAUCAACAUUUGUACAGGCUUGCAGGAUUUCUCUUUGAAUAAAUACAUAGAAAAGAAGAACACGUCUGGAGCACUACGCCUUAAUCUGUUGCUUUCUAUGGUGGAACCGGAACCUCACGCCGAUGAUCCAACAGUAACAGGGAUGAUUGAAUCAGAUCCGGACCCAGAUUAUUUGCCAGACUUGGAUAUUAAAAGUGAACACAUAGCAACAAGCCCUUCUGGGGAGGUACUCAUUCGAAGAAACCAAUGUCGUAGGGCAUCUCCACAGGCAACAAGACCUGCAGCAGCACCAGUACCAUCAACAGCUACAUUGGAACCUGCCUUUGCUCAACCUUCAGCUUCAAGUGCAGACAACACAGCACACAGGAGACAUCUAAUAUAUUCCGAUUUGCUGGUUGAGAGCGACGAAGAAGAAGAUGAUGAAGACCUUAAUUUAGCUAUAGCGGCGAGUUUGGCGGAUGCCUCAAAACGUCAUGAAGAAACGACGCUGACCGAUUUGCUUGUUGAACUUAGCUCUCGGGUUGACAAGACGUGUCAGCCGAAUUUGAUAAAUGUGGCCCGCUCUAGACUCCUGGCAGCCGCGUGCAGGGCCUUUGGGAGGCAGCGAUUCCAGCCUACCCACCCUUUAUCGUUGAAAUUCAUGGAUGAUAUCGGCCAGUCAGAGGGUGCCAUAGAUGAUGGUGGACCGACACAAGAGUUUUUUACUCUGCUACUCCGCAAGUUCCAAGAAAAUGGUAUGUUUGAAGGACCUGAUGAUCGGAAGAUUAUUGUACCUUAUCAACCAGCUAAGAAGAAUGAUCUUUACUACUUCUGCGGAUACACGAUGGCACUUGCAAUGGUGCAUGUGUCGAAAGGACCACACUUUAUCUCCCCCACAAUGUACGAUGCAAUAACGAAGGGGCCCGAAGCGGUGCAUCCUACCUUCGAUGACGUUCACCCGCUGGAAAUCCGUAAUAUGUUGAUGAAGAUAAAUGAGGCUACCAAUAUGGACGAGCUGCAUAAAGCGAUGGACGACGCGAGUACCUUUUUGGACAUUUCUGGAUGCUACAUUCCAAUUCGCACUCUUGUAGACAAGGAAGUGGUAGUGACAGCCAGUGUCAAGUUCCAGGUGCUGACAAGAAUAAGAGAAUUCAUGGACCGAUUCGUUGCUGGUCUUUCUGUGCUGGGUGUGUACCAGAGAAUAAAAGAAAACCCCGACAUAUUUAGGCCCAUUUGGUGCUUCAAGCCUGAACGUCUCACUGUGGACACAAUUAAGAAUCUAUUUGUGCAAGCCCUUCCCGAACCAGGCCACAAUCUGAGAGAUAGGAGUGCUUGCGUCCUGGCUUUCUGGUAUGAUUACCUGGAAGAUGUACAAGAAGGAAACUGCCAAGCCGAACUCAAGGACAUUCUCUUCUUUGCAACAGGGGUUGAAUACGUCCCACCUCUUGGAUUCAACACGCAGCCCACUCUUGAAUUUCACCAGGAAGGAAAAUUUCCGAUGGCAAGCACUUGUGAGUGCCAAUUACGGUUGCCCCUGGAUGAAAUAGAAAACUAUGACCGGUUUAAGUCAAACAUGGACGAAGGAUUCCUGAACACUGUGGGCUUUGGGCGUGCCUAAACUCCUGGUUCUUCGCAAUCACUUGAAAAGCCGUCACUGUCACUGUGUAAAAGCUUAUUGUUGCAAUAUGCCAGACGAACAUUCCAUUGACCAAUGUAAUUUGUUGUUUUUUAAUAAUAUUUUUAUACUGAACACAGUUCAACUUUUGAUAAUGUUUCUGUACUGAACAUAGUCCGACUAUGUAACGCUUUUGUACUGAACAGGGUGAAGUUCUGUAAUUGAUUUUAUGUUGUGUAUCAUACUCGGGGAAAAAUACAGAAAUUUUUCAUUCUUGUAUCAAACUAAACUGGUCCAACUCGCAACUCGCCGCAAUGUAAUCUUUUGAAUUACCCAUAUAAACUUUAUAAUGCCGAAUCAAUGUGGAGGUAAAGAUUAUAUUCUCCGACCCUGAAUUAGCAGUGACUCAGUAAAAGCGCUACUCCACUUCGAGUUUUAUCGAGAAAAGUAGUUCUCGGUGAGUAAUUCACCCUUGGUUUUUUACUGGUUAACUCACCUUAUGACCUUUCGUCAGACCGAUGAAAGUAACAUCGGGCAACGGCGGAACUGUCUAUGGACAGCAAACUUCAGGGAGAAAGCUCUCAAGUUGAGUUAGUGACUUACAUCAGGAAGAGAUAACCUCCUGCUUACAUGUAAUUAGUUAUUUGUUCAGUUAGCAUUCCCAAGGAAAUAUUGUAUACAGAAAGUCUUAAGAAUUCCUGGUGGUUUAUAGUUUAGAACUAGGGGAAACACUACGAUUAUGACGACGUAGAAUAUGACAAGUGAGGUCUGAGCCGCUGUGGGUGAACCUCCCUGAGAAAUCAACAUUGACUACAUACAUGUAAUGUAUAGGCAGUAUUAAGGCAUUGUUUAAUGAA